AAUGUUUAAUUAAUAUUUCUAAAAAGUAAAUAUACACUUAAAAAUUUUUGAAGAAAAAAAAAACAAAAUUGAGUAUUUUGUUUUCGGUUUACAUAUUUUCGAUUUACACCAACAUGGCUGCCAAAAGUGAUGGAGAAUACGAAGAAUGGCUAGAAAAUGUUAUGAGCUACUAUGCAAAACUUGAUGACACCCAGAAAAAUUUUACAAUUGACUGCCUGAUUGCUUGCAGUGGAUCAUCCCAGUUGUGCCACUUGCAUGCUAAAACAUCAGAGCUGCUUCAUCGUGACUUUCUCAGACUUCUGCCUGUUGAAUUAAGGGAACAUCUUUUAUCUUUUCUGGAUGGAAAGUCCUUGUUGACUUGUUGUAGUGUGAGCAAAGUGUGGAAUGAUGUUAUAAACUCCUCAUCAAGAGUUUGGCUUGGUGCUUGUAUACGCUCUGGUCUCCUAGUUAACAAAUCCAUAGACAAUGGCGAUGCUAAGUAUUGGAAAUCUUUUUUUCUUAAAAUGGCUCAAAGAAGACAUCAUAUGAAAACCUAUAAAUGCUUCACAGAUAAAACUUAUAAUAGAAAUCUUCGUCGUGUUACUGCUGUAUAUUACUACAAAGGGAAAGUUGCUACUGCUUCUGACAGCAAAAUCAUCCAAAUUUGGAACUGUACAAACGAGUCAUGCAUUUUGACCAUAAGGACUGAUUCGAGCAUUGCUUAUAUUAAGUUUGACGAUAACAUUAUUAUUGCUUCAUCAUACCUGGGUCACAUGGUCUCAUGGGAUGCUAUUACUGGGGAACGUCUAGCUGAGUAUAUGCGUCACAGUGGUGCAAUAUUUUCUUUUGAUUACUCACAAGAUUUAAAUGUAGUUGUUAGUGGAUCUGCUGAUUGUAAAAUCAAAAUUUGGGCAUUGUCUAGUGGUUUCUUGUACAAACGUCUCUCAGACCAUUCUUGGUGGGUCCUGAAGGUCAUGCUUUGUCCAUAUCCUGCAGAAAAAGGAAGUGGUCAUCAAGAUCGCCAUUUGUUAUUUAGUAUGGAUAAAACUGUGAUUGUUGUUCGAUUAGUUAGCCUAAUGUCUCAAGCAACUUUACCCGAAGGCCUGUAUUUAACUACUUUAUACUCAAUUGGUCUAGGUUAUGUGGAUGAUGUGGCGUUUUUUACUCCUGGUUUAUACUUUGACGGAGAAUUUUUAUAUUUUCCUAAAGAAUCUUUAGAUAAUCGGGGUACAACUGUGCUUUGUAAAUGGGAUGUGAAGAUGAAGAAAAUGAUUUCUGAGUCCGACUUGAAUUUGAAAGUGAAAGCCUUGCUUGGUGUCGGUAAGAAGUAUGUUGUUGUUUUAACCCCAUGGCAUCAUAAAUCAAAUGUUCCCAACUUCAUUGUUCUGGAUAAAGAAAGCAAUGAGAAAAUUGCUGUUUGGAAUGUUCCUCCAUCAAAAUUAACUACACCCAACUGUUCACGAUUAUGUUUGGGUGAAACUAACUGGCUGGAUGGCUUAGAUGGGAAAAAUGAUGAAGGAGUUUUACUUACUGCUGCUAUCGAGGAAAACUGUGUCUAUGUGUUGAAGUGGGUUUCUAGUUCAGAUGAAAUGAUAACAUGUUAGUAUAAAGUGCAACUUAUUUUUGUACACUUUAAUCUUCUAUUAAUGAUGCAUAUUUUGGUACUAAAAACUGAAUCCUCUUAAAGAUAUAACUGUUAUCACAAUUGUUAUGUUUUCAAAUUCGUGUUAUAACAAAUUUUAUGUGUAAUAUAUCAUUGUAAAUAUACAUGCUUCAUUGUCUAUAUUUCCCUGCUAUGAUAUGAAAUUAGUUCAAUUGGUGCAAACAAAAUUAAUUUUCAUACAUUUCAUGUGCUAUGUAGUUGUAGAUAUGCUUGUGCUAUGCAGGAAAAAUAAUUAUUUUUUGUUUUGAUUUAGUUUUAGUUUUAACUCUUCUCAAAACUCAAUUACUUCCUUAUAAUUAUGGCAUUUUUUUAAUGUCUCGUGUUCCUUAUUAUUUUUUUGAACAGCUUGGAAAAUGGCUUGUCAACUCACAAUUGUUUUUCAAUGUACAUUGUUUUUUUUUUUUUGUUUGUUUUUUUUUUUAAUUUUAUAAAUUGUGUCAUGUCUUAAACAUUUGGUAGAUAAUGUAAUUUUUUAAUUUUAAGUCAAAUUCAGAAGUAAUUUUUAACAUUAGCAAAAGGAUAUGGAUUUAUUUAUGUGAAAUAUAGAAAUAGUUAAAUGUAUUUUUUUUUUAUCUAUAAAUAUUUGGCAGAUAGUGUAAUUUUUUUUUUUUUUUUACUCAAAUUCCAAAGUAACUUCCAAUUAAAUUCCUUUACCAAAGAAUUAGAGAUUUAUUUACUUGCAUUUUACGAAUAAUUUAGUAAAUACAAAUGUAAAAACAGUUUAGAGGAGUGGAUUUAAAUAAUUUUUAUGUUUGGCAGAUUUUUGAUAUUUUACAUUGAGUUCUUAGAUUUUAGAGGUAUUUCAACUUUUUUAUAACCCCAUCAAAACUGGUGAAUGAAAAAAAGAAAUACAUCCCCAGGCCCACAAACAGGGAGUUUAUACGUACUAAAGAGUACGUAUGCAUACUUAUACUAGAGAACUGUAUUAAAAUCAUGCUCAUGCAGGGAUGAAAAACUUACGCGAAAAAGCGGCAGUCAACUUUUUUUCUCCCAAUUUUUAAAAUUUCCAACCAUGUUAAAAAUAAUGAUAGGCACUGAAAACUAUGACGUGUUUCUAACUCAUUAGCAUAUUUGUUAUCACAAGCAUAAGAAAUGUAUGCUUCUAACUUCAAUU